AUGUGUAGUACUUUUUCGUCGGAAACGGUGGGCGCCGCGGAAACCGUAGUGUCUUUGUCGCCCGCUGCGGAUUCAGACGCGCGGGCCCUGCAGCGGCUGCAUCCGAAUCGGGCCCCGGACCCAAGUGGUUUCGAUGCGCGCGCUGAUACUAGUCGGUCCCCGGUGGAUUUCGGGCCCCGCGCCGGUCGGGUCCCGGCUUCCGGCACGUUACGUACCGUGGUGGGGCCCGAACGUUUACAGGCGAUAGAAAAAAACAAUGUUCCCUGCCAUCUGUGCGGACCCGGGGCUGUCAGUAAAACGGCAUCGAUCCGACGAGACCCGACCAGUGUACAACGGCCGGGGGAAUCUGCGGGGGACCCGGCCACGGGGUAGUGCCCCGCGGGAACCCGGGACCCGAUUUACAGUGCGGUGCCCGCGACGGUAUUUAAAACUGUUGCCGCGGUCGCGGUUCCGCUGCAUUCCGGUGACUGUUGAAAGUGCAUCGUGCAGCCACGACCGUUUCGACGGGACGUGCUAGACACCGCGCGACCGAACGGCGGAAACGAGGGGGCUACACCGUGUGUCGCGUGAAAAAAUAAAUAAAUUACCCCCGAGAAAUUUGACCGUCGCCCCCCGAAUAAACGAUGGCGUCCCCGCGCCGAACUCCCGCGCGGGUACGUUACCGGGCAGCGCCCGUUCGGACCGAUUUUUUCCGAAACACGACCCGUCAGGACCGGUUUUCAAGACCCGUCCGGGCCGAAAAAAAAAAAAAUACUACUCAUUUUAUACACCGGCCCGGUAUUCGGACCGGAAUCGUCCUUAUUUCAAGUUUAACCGAACGUUUGUUCUGCGAGCCUUUUACACAGCACUGUUUUACCCGCGUCGUCCCGUCGCGUACAAGACCUUGACGCGCGCAGACGUCUGAAGACAACGGGUAAAAUACAUUCAAUAUCACUGGAUUCGCGGAUGUAGUCUCAAAACUGAACCGGCACGCGGAAACCGUGCGUACACCCAGGUAAUUCACUAACGGCUUGGUUUUGAAAAUUAGUUUUCGCAGUUUAGCCGAACGGCUUAUUUAACGAUCCUCCGUAGACACAUGCACACGUACCAUAUAUAGGUACCGGUCCGAACGACGGGUUCACCAAGUCCGGGUCCGCGCGGGUGGCGGUUGUCGCGCCAGUAGCCCGGUCGAAAACGCGCGCUUCGCCGCCCACAUUAUCCGGGGGCACGGGCGUCCCUUUUUCCCCUCUCGAAACCCGUAACGCGGUGUCGACAACGAUUUCCGGAAGGCCGCGCGCGCGCAACAGGACCGCGCGCGAACCGCGUCGAAUUCCCCCAAUUUUUUGUUUUCCGUUCUGAAAGCCGGUCUACGUAAACCGCGGCCAAAAUCGAAUUGAACGGGCCGCGGCAGCUUUCAUGUCACCCGAGUGCUUAUCGGCAGCAGGUGCGCACGGUACACCCGUUGCACACACGCCGGCACGAGAUGAUCGACGAUAACGUCCGCACUCCCCUUCCGGUGACGAAAACGAUCGAUGCGCGUGCGUACGUACGUUUUAUCAUCGCGGGUCCGUUAUACUGGCGGUGUUCCCCGUCACGCGUUUUCGUGUUUUUGUCGCGGUCAAUUGAAGUUUUUCCACGGAGUACGCGCGCAAUAAAAAACAACUUGCACGUUUUUACCGUCGCCCGGGUGUAAUCCGAAAAAAUCAAAAUAACAAAUUAAAUAUACACCGAUCUAAUGGGGACGGGGGGGGGGAGGUCUUCGUUGUCGGCGUGUACACCGCGUGCCCACAAUAGCUCGCCAUCGACCCGUAUCCCGUAUCCUAUGUUACGCUUAUUGCCGAGAAAAUGAAUCGCCUCGGUUUGCGGCGCAAUAGUUCGCCGGCCGGCGUUCGGGAAAAUGGGAAUUUCGCCGCGGUCUAUCGUCUCCCCGCGAAAAAACAGGUAAUCCGGCGCACAGCGCGGUUCAGCGAUAGCAACCAGAAUGUACGUGGGGUUUUUUUUUUUUUUCUCGUUCAAACAACGCGAGGCUCGUUUCGUUAUACGUUCGUAUACGUAUCGACCGAAUCGUCCGCGUUCAAAUCGUCAUAACGCACACGUGUAAUAUACAUAAAUUAUAAUUUAUAAAUGUAUCAAUAUCGAAUUGAUAUAAUAAACAUUAUGUAUAAUUUGAGAAAUGCUCAUUUUAUCAUCAUCAUUAGUUCGUAAAUAAUAUUUGUCCGUUAGUCUCUCUCGGAGUGGAGAGGAAAAAAAAAAAAAAAAAAUUCAUUAAUUAUUAAUUAAUUAAUCGUUUUAAUCGUAGACGUACCCCGCGAGACUGUACGAAGUCUACGCGGGUGGGUAGGUGUUGUACCUAUUGUGUACUUGUCGCGUAGGGAAUUAAAAGUAAAUUGUUAAAUUGUUGCAAUGGACGCUUUUUUACUGUUUUUUUUUUCCCCCUUAGGUUAGCGGUUUCUGACAUCAGAGUUUGUCCGUAAUGCGAAUCGUCGCGUAUUAUCACCGUGCCGUACGCCCCCCCCCCCCCCCCCCCCNCCCCCGCCCCCCCGAUCGCGCAUAGUUAUCGUCUUAUCAAUGUCCGCGUCGCCGUUCACACGCGUCAUCGUUCAACCGCGUCGUCGGUCUCCUGCAGCCGGGAAGCGGGGUUCGGGUCGGUUGUCGGCGAUUUUGAUUUUUUUCCGUUUUUUCGUCAAACGGUUUCGCGCGAUUCGUUUCAUUUUGUUCCCGCGCGAUAUCGUCGUCCCGAGCCGUACAACGUCAUUUGUUGUGCCAAACAGCGCGCAGACGCAAUUAAUACGGACCCCAUCACGGUCCGCCCGGUUUUUCUCCGUCAAUCACGCGCGAUUCGAACGCGGCUCUUUCGAGCCGCCGUGACGGUUUCGAUCAACUCGACGUCCGCAACGUGAGUCCGCUGCGGCGCUCCUGACCCGCGCCCGGGAGCGUUUGUUACGUGAUAGAAACGGCCGGGAUAAUUUGUCGCGGCAAUCGGUACGCGGCCGUUGUUUACGCGAAAUAUUAUAAUUCGUCGACGCCGGACACGGACAGUUCUAUCGUGUCUAUCGGACACGGACAACGGGGGGGUCGGGGGCUAAGGGCUGUGUAGGGGGGCACGCCGCCGAUCCGGGCCUUCCUUCCACGCGCGGGAACCGGAGACGCUAUCGCAUCGCCGCCCGUCAUUUAUUUUUUUUUUUUUUUUUACAUUAUAAAUUAGAAACGUAUUUGUUCACGCGGUCUUUGCGCGUGGAAUCGAAAUUUUUUUUUUUUUUUCGUUCCACACACCUCGUCGGCGUACACGAUAAUAAUUUUAGGCGCGCGCCCGUCACACACCGUAUACGUUUCCCGAAUUCAAUCCGUUUCGACAUUCAACUAGGUAUGUUAUUAUUACUAUAAUACUACGCCAAUAACUAUAACAAUCUAUCGAAAAACAAAAUUAAUAAUUAUUUACUAUAAUAACAUGUUACAAUAUUAAUAUUAUUAUUUACGCUGUUGAAAUGUGUUUUGUUAAAACGUGAGAAAAAAAAAAAAACAAUUUCUUCGGGUCAAUUUGAUUUCCUAUAACAUAACGUUUCUUUAUAAUAUUAUUAUUAUAAUAAUCGAUCGUUACCUGUAAUAUGUUUUCUUUUGUUUUUUUUUUUUUUUUUUUUUUUUUUUUAAUUUUUUUUUUUUUAAAUAAUAAAAAUUGAAGACUGGAAACCAAAUGAUGAAUUCAUUAUUAUAUAACAUUAUAACAGGAUAUUAUAAGCAUGCAUUUUGCACUGGCCUUUUAUAAUUAUGUAUUUUAAUUUAAUUAUAAUAUUAUAAUACUUUAUACCCACUUGGCACAAAAAAAAAAAAAAUAAUAAUAAUAAUAAUAAUUUUAUCGCUACGCAGAUUCAUUUUUUUAACGCGAUCUCAAUUUGAUAUUAUUUAAUAAUACGGAUGGUAGAAAAAUAUUUAAGUUAUGAUAUUAUUUGUGAAAAGUAUAAUAUUUAGGAAGAAAGCAAUACUGUUAGUACCUAGUUAAAUAAUAAUAUAAUUACGUAGUUGACCUAAUCAUAAUGUGUUAUUGUAAUAUUGGAUUAAAACGAAAACAUUGUUUACGUACCAAUCGAUAGGUACGCAAACGUGUACCUGUAACGUGCGUCGAGCACGGUUUUUUAUAGUUCGGUCGAAACGAGUAAUUUACUGUAAUGUUACUAUAGUAUGUAGAAUUACAUUAUAAUAUUAUAAAUAAUACGAACAAAAUUAAUAGUUUCCGUUUUUUAAUUCGCCUGUGAUUUAUCUUUUGUUAAGUUUAUAAAAUAUGUGUAUUAUGUGCAACAAUAUACAAAACAAUGUUAUUGAGC